UGAGCGUUUGCGUCACAUUGGUGACAUUGCCACCUUGCGUGAUAAAUCGUGUACUUACACCAAAUCCAAAUGAUUUUAAUCCAAUGUCAUAGGGGAAAAUAUUGCUUUUCUCGAACAGUAAUAAUCAAUAUUUAUACAUAAGGAUACUUGUGAAUAUAGUUCACUGAGUUAUCGUCAGAAAUAGAAUGAAAUUUUCAAACAUACAUUUUAUUAGAGUUAAAGUUGAGCCCAGUUAGCCCACGAACACAGUUUUCCGCUAAGGUUGUCGACGAAAGUCGUGCACUUGUUUUUGUAGGUGUUAUCUCAACAGACAUAUUUACGAUGGAGUGAUGGAGACUAAACCUCUGACUGCACAUGACUCGCUCAACAAUCCUCUGAUGCGACCUACCAGCUACCAAGCACUGCACCCUCCUUCUCAGGAUUCACCUCCUGGUGAUCAAGGGAACAUCCCAGUUCAUGACAUAAGACAGCGAGCAAACGCAGGCAAUAGCAUGGCUGCAGAUAGCGGCAGUACAGGCAGUGGCCAUAGAUCAGAUAUCAACAUGGAGGGCGGCUCCAGUUGUGUGGCUGACAGCAGCCUGCCUAUUGGCAACAAUGAUAUGACAAUCAACGACGAUAUUUCUUCACCGGACCUGAUGUGUUUUGGCCAAUACGAGGACUUCCACACCAUAGACUGGCAGCGGGACGUGGCGCGGGAUCGCAUGCGCCACCGACUCCUUGAGAAGAACAGAGGCCGCAGUCUGCUUGACUGGCUCAAGAGCAGCCAUGACGCUGGCUCAGGCUGGCUAUGUGUCUUUCUUAUUGGGCUCUUUGCUGGUGCUGUUGCGGGUACAAUCGACAUAAGCGCUCGUUGGAUGACGGAUCUCAAGUUCGGUAUUUGCCCAGAAGCAUUUUGGUUCAACAGAGAACAGUGCUGCUGGAGCUCCAAUGAAACCUUCUAUGAUCACGACAACUGUUCCAAUUGGUACACGUGGCCUGAGCUUCUAGGCCUGUACGACGACACGGCUGGCACGUACAUCAUAAGCUACUUCUUCUACAUCGCGUGGUCACUGUUGUUCGCCUCGCUCAUUGCUGCCCUCGUCAUGAUGUUUGCCCCCUACGCCUGUGGCUCUGGCAUCGCCGAGAUCAAAACCAUCCUAAGUGGGUUCAUCAUCAGAGGAUACCUAGGCAAGUGGACGCUCUUAAUCAAGAGUGUGGGCGUGAUCAUGGCGGUGUCUUCGGGCCUCUCCUUGGGCAAGGAGGGGCCACUCGUACACGUGUCCUGCUGUAUAGGUAAUGUGUUGUCAUACUUGUUCCCAAAGUAUGGACGGAAUGAAGCUAAGAAGCGGGAAAUUCUAUCCGCGUCUGCAGCUGUGGGAGUGUCUGUGGCAUUCGGUGCGCCCAUAGGCGGUGUGCUCUUCAGUCUUGAAGAGGUUUCGUACUAUUUCCCUCUGAAGACGCUAUGGCGUUCAUUCUUUGCUGCUCUGGUCGCCGCUUUUGUGGUGCGCUCCAUCAAUCCUUUCGGCAACGAACAUUCGGUGCUAUUCUACGUAGAGUACAGCAAACCAUGGAUCUUCAUUGAGCUUAUUCCUUUCAUCCUGCUUGGAGUCAUAGGCGGGCUCAUUGGGACUGCGUUCAUCAGAGCAAACAUUUGGUGGUGCAGGUUCCGUAAGAGCAGCCGUCUUGGUCAGUACCCUCGCCUCGAGGUGGCCGUGGUCACCCUCAUCACUGCCCUGCUCGCCUACCCUAACCCCUACACCCGCAUCGACACGAGCAGUCUCAUAUACAUGCUCUUCUCUCAGUGCAGUGCUGCUAAUAAUGAUGCUCUCUGCGAUUACCAACGCAACUUCACAAACGUCAACUCCGCUAUUGAGACUGCAGCAGCUGGGCCUGGCGUUCUCAGAGCCAUUUGGCUUCUGGCACUCGCUCUUAUUUUCAAAAUGACAAUGACGGUAUUCACGUUUGGCAUCAAAGUGCCGUGCGGUCUCUUCAUCCCAUCCCUAGCCAUGGGUGCCAUCGUGGGUCGCAUCGUCGGCAUUGCCAUGGAACAGCUUGCUUACCAUCACCCCGACUGGCCGGUGUUUGCAGGCGAGUGCAGCACCGGCGACAACUGCAUCACGCCCGGCCUGUACGCAAUGGUCGGCGCCGCGGCCGUCCUCGGCGGCGUCACCAGGAUGACGGUUUCGCUAGUGGUGAUCAUGUUCGAGCUGACGGGCGGCGUGCGCUACAUCGUGCCGUUGAUGGCUGCAGUGAUGGCCAGCAAGUGGGUGGGCGACGCAUUCGGCCGCAUGGGCAUCUACGACGCCCACAUCACCCUCAACGGCUACCCCUUCUUAGACCCCAGGGAGGAGUUCACGCACACCACACUCGCCCAGGACGUCAUGCAGCCCAGGAAAAACGGCUCUCUGUACGUCCUGACGCAAGACUCGCUGACGCUGGCUGACGUCGAGCAGCUGCUCACAGAAACUAAUCACAACGGCUUCCCGGUGGUGGUGUCUCAUCAGUCACAGUACCUCGUGGGACUUGUUGCCAGGAGAGACUUGGUCAUGGCAAUCAGUCAAGCAAAAAGGACCGUGGAGGGCAUCAGCCGAGAAAGCAUUGUUCUCUUCACCCCAUCCGUGCCAUCGCCGUGGCUUGGUCCACCUCCUCUCAGACUUCAUCGAAUUCUUGAUCUUGCGCCGCCAACCAUCACGGAUCAGACGCCCAUGGAGACUGUGGUGGACAUGUUCAGAAAGCUUGGUCUCCGCCAGACUCUCGUCACGCAUAACGGGCGCCUGCUGGGCAUCAUUACAAGGAAAGACGUCCUCCGCCACAUCAAAAUAAUGUCUAACGAGGACCCAGACAGCGUUCUUUUCAACUGAAAACAUUACCUUAUCACGUCUCGCAUUCCUUCUCCUAGUCUCCGCUUUACCGUGCUUCGUAACCCGCGCGUCUCUGUCAUUCUAAUCAAAAAGUCCUCUUUAUAGUUUAUGGGAUAACAGUAGUUUCACAAAAUAUUCCUGACUAUUUUCACGAAAAUUGUUUAUUCUAUAAAUCAAACCGUUAUUUAUUAUUAACGAAACUUUCGCUUCCUGCCCUGCAAGUUAGUUGUACUAAUCUGCCCUUUCAAUCUAAUAUUUCAAAUGAUACUUUCUGGUCUCAAUCGCCCGCGAUCAAAAAUGUAUCGAUUUAUUUCAAUGUUAUGUCUUCGUGAAUUGCAAAUUGGUUGAUUGGUAAGCCUUCAAAAGAUUGAAAAAUCAUUAUUCUUUUUCUGCAAGGCGCUCCGUUGCGUACUUCAGUUUUAUUUUUUUGGCAGCACUUAUUUACGUCUAAAAAUUAUUUUUCAUUGUUCUUUCCUUGUAUUAUUUUCUGACGUCCUGAAUCUGCCACAAAAUAUCUUGGAGUAGAACUAGAGAAUAUUUCUCCAUAUUAAUUUUGAUAAAUCAGUCUUCGAAUCUCUGCUCAUCUAUAUAUUUUUUUGGUUUUGGGGAUGUGAUGAUGUUUCACGUUCAGAAUAGUCCUACUUCAAUUAUGAUAUAUUUGGUUUUCUUGUAAAAUCUUUGACUAAGAACCGACGCAUUUGAGAUCUUUAAGAAGCUUGUAGCUUGUGGUGUGUUCCCAUUUUCGCAUCUCUUGGAGUUUGUAGGUUUAAUUUAACUGGUCAUAGUCAUAGUUGCCCUGUAAACGACCUAUCCAUCACACCACUCUAAUGACAAAAUCUUUGUCCCGAUUAACGCUCGCAUUGUCACUGUAAGGGCAAAAUUAGUGGCCGGAUUUUGCAAUUGCAACUUGGUUUUUUAUAAUUCUAUGAAAGAUAAAUUUUUUCUUGUCGGGAUUGAAAGAAAAAAAAAGAGCAAAUGCUGUGUCUAGGUUCCUUUGCAUUUUUUUCGUUCUUUAUAAAUCGAUUUGAUCUUGAAUGAUGGAGGUAACCUUUAGUAUUGUUAAUCAUAUGCCCUGCUGUUUAAACGUAAAAUAUUUAGUAUCCGCUGUUCCGCCACAAUCCGUGAUACGCGUGUUUUCGCGGAGUCAUAAUGAUAUAAUUUUUCUUAGAGUUUUACCAGCGCGCCUUUUUCGCCUUGGCUCCUCCCAUUUUCAUUUUGUGUUGCUAUCAUUUUGUGUGGUAUGGCCAUAUACGUAUGGUUUAGCCAUGCCUACGUACAAUGUCACUUUCAACGUGGAUGAACUCUCUAAUGUUUACUUCAGUACUGAUACUUUCGUGAUAAUUUGAAACAAUUAUUUAUAUUAGCGAGGCUUUUUUUCAUCACUGAGUCUUGAAGCGAUUGUGUGAUGCGGGCCAAGAGGUUGACCAGGAAGUGUGAGAGGCUCCUCGUAAUCGAGAUUGCUUCGUUUUAGAAGUAAGGUAGGAUGUCCGUGUAGGAGGAAUAUUUCCUUUCUAACGAGUACUAUUGUUGUCAUGCAAGUCGUGCCCUUUUCAUACAAAGUUUCAUUCUUAUCUUUGGUUUAACACGCACGGUUAGUAGCCAUAUUAUCGACACUCCUGAGACCGUUUUGUCGCAUGCAGACGAGACGCUCGUGACUUGAUUUGAACUGCAAGCGAGCGUUAAGUGAAAGUUUCGCUGAAAUUGUUUUGUUUUCAUCCCCUCAUGAUUUUUCUUGUGUUCAGCUACUACCUUGAGUCUCCUUUCUCUUUAAUGGUUAUUCUUGAUUCCUAUAUCAUUUUCGAUGUUCUUCGUUUACGAUUACUGCCGACCCAAAGCGCGAAUGAGCAGUAGAGUUUUAUCCUUAAAUACGUGUCCGAGUAAAUAACCUAAUUCGUUUAGUUGUUACUGUCGUUGAGUUACUUAAAAUUCUAAGUUUAGAGAUUUAUUGAACCAGUGAAGUUUGGUUGACUUAGUUUUGUUCUUGAUUUUCUUCCGACCUUUCACUUUUUGAAUAUUUUAUUUAUAGUGAUGUCUUUUGGCUUUCGUUUAGUAUUUAUACAGAUACGUUCUGAUCUUCUCUGCUCUGUAAUCGUGUUCAUUAGAACACUUGAUCACUAUAACAUGAAGCAAGUUCAAUUAUGGAAAUGUACUAGGUGCAUUAUGGGCUAAAAUACCUACAAGCGAGAACGUUUAUCAGUUGCAAAAUUCAUUUCCUUGUGUGUUUUUACUGUAAAUUCGAGAGUUGAAAAGAGUCUUUAGUAGAACAUUUUUCUAAACAGGUCUAACGGUUAUUUUCCCUCUGUUUGCAUUGCUGUGGGUAUUCAGCUGUCAUCGUAAAAUUUCAUAUACGUACUCGCUCCCAACGUUCAUUGUGCCACACUCCUGAAGCGAUCGCAUGUACACAUGAGUGGUGGCUUCACAUUUACCGUGAUCGCGUUUAAAAGCAUCACAAAUGUAAGGGUGUUUUGUGAAGUUUAUUAUGACGAGAAGUAUUGCAGCGUCUAGCGCAAAAUAAUUUAAAAUCAUACAAGCGCAUGGGCUUGUAUUGAACGUCUCAAAUCAAUUUCUAAAUUGCAACUUUUAAAGAAACUUUUCUAGCAACUUUUGAGUUUACUGCAACUUUUUUCCUGCCUUUUUUCUCGAAUUGUUCGUUUCACUAGGUGAUGCCAUCUAGCUGAGCACUGAAAUAAACCUCUAGGCAGCCCAGCAUUACAUUAUUUUCAUGUUCACGAGCUUCAUUCAAUUGCAUCUUAAAUUCAUCAUCAUGUGCUUCUCGUAAUUUAUAUUCGACUGAUAGAUUAAGGCAUCCACUAUAUCUUAUAAACCAACGAUCUAUUUGAACUUUGAUACUUUAUUUAUAACUACAUAUUCGUGUCAAAAAUUAUGUUCAUUGACACUUUAACCCUGUACCUAGUGAGGCGGAACUUGAUUACAAGGCCUAUAUACAAGUGAGGGCUUUAAAUACGAGUACUUUGGAAACGGCAACGGCUGGAUGAGUUAGAUACAUCGGUUGUUGUGAUUCAAUUUCUGUUUAAUUUCCACACCUUCAUGAAAUUGGACUGACUUUGAGUUUGUUCGCUUGCGAAGACAGCAAAUAAAGUAUUAAUAAUGUUACGUACACACGAAAUAAUAGGUAAACUGUUAUAUUUUCUUCAUCACAGGAGAUUCUGCUCUGUUAAGUAUGAUUUAACACAAAAUUCCAAUACAUGUUCUUAUAAUUAAUGGACUGUAUUUCCGAACGGAGUCAUGUCGUCUUAUUUUGCUCAGUUGUUAUCGAUCAAAUAGUUUUAUUUCUUCAAUCGCAAUAUAACUCCAUUUUUUCCAGUAUUCCUGUAACGUGGUCUGUCUAUUGAGAACCUAUUUACCAAUCUUUUGUUCCUUUGGUAUAGUUAUGGACAUAGCAGCCCCAGGCCACGCUGGAGCCUUGGCUUGGUGUAUCCUCGGUAUUUGUUUCGGACGUAGCAGUCAAAGGCUAUGAUGGAUCGCCGCCUUUAGUAUUGUGGUGAGGCGGAGGCGCUUUUGCUCUCACGCAAACUUGAGCAAAAUUAAACUGAAGCAUCUCGUGCAAUAGCAUCCGCCUCAAAAUACGGCAAUUAUUUUAGUCUAUUUCUUCUGAUGAUAAGUGUGAUAACUUUUGGGACAUAUUCCUCGAGUACCGGCCAUAUUAUACUCGUCACUUCAUGGUAAUAAUCCUGUGCAUAUUGUCAAAACACUAUGAUCAAUUUAUAAUUUGAGCCGGACUUUGUGUGCGAAUAGUCUUAUUCUAUAAUAAUAGAUCGCUUAUCAUAUCGUGUUCAAUUGUUCAUCUUCAAAAGUCACUGAAAAUAUUCUAACUGGUCAACUUUAUAGACCGUUUUGAAACCACAACAUUGUUGCUACUAUGCGAUUAUUUUUAAGGGCCUGUAAGCCUUAGAAAUUUUCGUUGUCAUAUGUCUAAUAACGUGAAGACUGUAAAGCUGGAGGACUAUGUAAAUCUAAGGUAGCGUUACAAUCCAACGGAUGUAACGCCAGCUCCAUUGUGUACAUAUUGGGCGCUGUAUGGCCAUGCUUUUUAUCCACUUAGUAAAGGCUAAACGUGAAACUACCUACAGGCUCUAUAUUUAAUUACUACUUGUAACGCUGUUAGUGAAUAAAGUUACGGUUAAUAAACUUGCUGGUUAAUGUUUCAGUUACGAAAUAAUUUUUUUAGCUCAUUCAUAACGUUACUGACAUUAGAACAUUUACUGUUGUGAAAAUUAUUUCGUUGAUUUCUUAGCUGAAUGAGAUUUUUCCUAUGUUUUCUUGAAUUUUUCUUUAUACUGUCGGCUUCAGAUUUAUUGCAAAGUCAAUAUGCGGCUUCUUUACAUACCCGCACACGUAAAUAUCACAUUAAAGAACCACCUCCCUACCUGAACAUCUCAUUUCAACUGAUUAUUCCAACACGUUUUACACUAUAUUCUUGUUGUUAUUGAUGAAUACCUUGUUUUUAUUUAUUACUCAUUAUCUUUAUCUGAUUAAUGGCCACAUUUAAAUGUUAUGUUUGGUUAACAGAGGUACGAAUGUGUGCAAUUUUAGAGGGAAAAUGCGGUAACGAUGUAUGGGCACGUAUUUAUGUGAUCUUGUCCAGCAUACCUUUGUAUGUACGUGUAUCCAUAUCACGUGUGUUAUUAUACCCACUUACGAUGGAGGUAUGUUUACUUGUACCGCAUACCUUAUGUGUGGUAGACUCGUGUCCAAAUAAAAUUGUGAACCAAAUGGC